UGUAGCGGUAACGGUCAAUCCAUUUUGAUCCAUCUCUUCCUCAUUCUCUUUUCCUGUCUCUUCUUCUCUCGCGCGUGCUCCGUGAUCGCGUGAAUUUUCGAGAGCCGCACGAGAGAUGCAUCGAAUUGCAAUUUUUCUCGUUUCAUCGGCUUUGUCGCAUCGUUGAUUCUUACGCUCGGUAUCCCGGCGCUUUACGUGCGCAUUGUAAAUUUGCGAGAUCGCGCAUUGUCUACGAUCGUUUUCGCGGGUACCGGCUUUCGUUGAGAUCACGCGACGGCUCCUCCAUGGAGCUCGCUGGCAACCACGUGCUUUGAAAUCUCGUCGGCCGUUACAGCCGCCAAGUUGCCAAGUGCAGAGCGUGGUAAGGUCGCCGAAAAUUUCUCGGUCGCGUCAGAGAUAAAGAAAGGCAUGCCGAGAUGACGGAGUUUGUUGACGGCUGGUUUCUGGGACAUACCCUGGGCGAAGGGGCUUAUGGCGAGGUAAAAUUAGUUGUAAAUAGAUCUACUGGUGAAGCUGUUGCUAUGAAAAUGAUUGACGUAGAAAAACAUCCAGAUGCUAGACAGACAGUGCGCAAAGAGGCUGCUAUUCAUCGUAUGUUAUCGAAUCCUAAUAUUAUACAGUACUUUGGAAAACGGAGUGAGCCCAACAUGGAAUAUAUAUUUUUGGAAUACGCUUCAGGUGGAGAGUUAUUUGACAGAAUUGAACCUGAUGUUGGUAUGCCAAUAUGGGCUGCUCAAAAAUAUUUUAAACAAUUAAUUUCUGGUGUAGAGUAUUUACAUAGUCGAGGAGUUGCACACAGAGAUCUCAAGCCAGAGAACUUACUGUUAGAUAAUAAUGACAAUUUAAAGAUAAGUGAUUUUGGAUUAGCAACACUAUACCGUUUGCAGAAUAAAGAACGUUUGUUGGAAAAAAAGUGUGGGACGUUACCUUAUGUUGCGCCAGAGGUGUUGGAGAGACCUUACUGCGCAGAACCUGCAGAUAUAUGGUCUUGUGGAAUUAUUCUUAUAGCUCUUUUAGCUGGAGAACUGCCAUGGGAUCAACCCUUGGCAGAGUGCCAUGAAUAUACCGCGUGGAAAAACGGAAAAUAUAUGUCUCUUACACCAUGGAAAAAAUUGGACAAUUUAUCGUUGUCGUUACUAAAAAAGAUUCUUGUGGAUUCGUCAACGGCAAGAUACAAAAUGUCGGAUAUUAAGCAACACAGGUGGUUUGCUACAAAAAUGUCAAUAGACGAGGUGGAUGGACCAAAUCACUUGAAUCAGACGAAUGUAGAAGAUGAAAAUCUUAGAAACGUUUGUCUGUCGCAACCUGAGUUUCUUGGAAUGGAAAGCAACAACGCGAUCCAAUUUAAUUUAGAUGAACGUCCACCAUUUUCAUUUUCUCAGCCCGCUCAUGUAGACGAUCUUUUAUGCACGCAAUUGCAAACACUCACACAACCCAGUCAGCAAAACUCUUUUCAAAGGCUAGUUCGUCGAAUGACCAGAUUCUUUGUUGAUAUAGAAUGCGAGAAUAUCGUGAAGAGGUUAAUAAAAUAUUGCGAGAAAGAAAAUUACACUUGUCGUGUUAAUGAAUUUGGCGUGGUCACAAUAUCGACGACAGAUCGGCGAAGGAUGCCACUCGUCUUGAAAGUGAAUUUGAUAGAAAUGAACAGAAAUAUAUUAGUAGAUUUCCGUUUGUCGAAAGGUUGUGGUUUGGAAUUCAAACGAACUUUCAUGAAAAUCCGAUAUGCGAUGGAGGACGUUAUAUUGAAAAGCUCUACAAUAUAUUCGAAGAAUUAAUAACUGUGACAAGAGAAGAAGUAAUAUUAUAGAUAUACACAUAAAAGUUUGUAUUUUCUAGAUUUUUUUAAAAUAAAGUUUUAAUAUUUUCCUACA